CAUUGGUGUGUGUGUUCUUCUUGUUCCAUUUGCAUUUAAAUAUAUACACAGAAGAAUUCUCGUAUUUAUAAGUUCGUGACUCGAAUGUGGUAAGUAAGAGAGUCAAGAAAGAAGCUACGAAUUUAUGCACUUAUUACUUGUGCAACUUACCUGUGUGUAGGUAAGUGUCGCGACGCUUUAAGCGACGGCAGACUUAAAAUAAUUACUUUGCAUUAUUAAAACAAGUUCUUCUUUCGGCGGAGUAUUUUCAAAUGAUUGGUUGCACUUUAAGGCUGAAUUAUGUUAACUACUUGAACAAUAAGUUGACAAUUAGAGAGAAAAUGAUAAAGUUGAAAACUUAAGAGUUUGAGGCAUGCCAAACCUGAGAUUUGUGUUGAGCAGUUCUCGAGAAAUUCUCGAGUAUUCGUCGAGUCUCAUAUUUGGGGAAUAUUUUGUCCUCUGAUUGCCUUCAUUAAUUCUAAUUUUAAGAUUCGUAAUAAUUCAUGUUACAAAAUCAAGCCAAACAAACUCUUAGUUUGUUAUAAGCAGAGACGUCACGUAGUCGUGCAAUGUAAACGUUGUUAAAAUUAAGCCUCGCCAAUUUAAGUGCAGGUUUCAUGGCGGAAUAUGUACGUACAUGCAUUAUUCUCUUUGAUAUGAAAAUGAAACUGUGUUUUAAUAUUUAUUUAGAAGCUCCACAAAACCGAAUAUUUCAUGGAAAUUAAACACCCUCAAGGCUACCACCACCGAUAUUUCGACAUUUCUGGCCAGAUUUCCGUCUCCUGACAUUUCAUUUUCACCUUCUUACUACAUAUUAAACCCACCUACUUACUUGUAGUUGUGGAUGAUUGAAUUCUCCAGCAUUAAAUGUACUUACUCUGGUAAAACGUAAGACUGGCGAAAUGUCAAGGGUCAACUUACUUAUACAUACGUAAGUAUGUCGAAUAUUAAAAUAGAAUUCGUUAGCAAAAUGGAUGGCUGACAUUUUAAUUACUCUCCUGAUUUCAAUUAUGUCACGUCUGGAAAGAAUGAUUGUGGGCUAAAGUGGAUUUUUUCAUGUCAUGGUAAAUAAAUAUCCACUGCUUAACUUGAUCCUUAUUCCACCCAAGGCUACUUUGUCCAUUAGGCGUGAUUUGCAUGUUUGUUUGCUAUACGACAUACGUACAUACUCAGUUAUAUAAGUACUCUCUCUUUUAUUGAUUUUCGCUACUGUUACCAACCACCAAAACGAUAUAAUCUAUAACGUUAUUAUUAGCCUUGGGUCCAUACAUAUUAAUUGUGCGUCAUGUCAUCCACGUAGCUACAAAGCCCUGCUUAUCACCACCGGAUAAAGGAUCGCAAAUACCGGACAUCCAAAUACCUUUACUUUUACAUAGAAACCUGGCAUGAGAUCAAAUUCUCAGUGGGAAAGCAUCACUGCUUUCUCUCUUUCUCUCGCUGCCAAGCAUCACCACCGACCGACGUGACCAAGCGACUGCUGGUUUCCAAGCCUCUGGGUCAAUCGAUACAUGUUCAAGUUUCGAGCAGCUCCGAGGAAAGCAGGCACAUAGAAAUUUAUUAUUGCGUAUUUUCCGGGCUGAAGUGACUUUCUCCGUUGGAACACGAGAGAGGAGAAAGCAGGAGAAAAACAGGACGGCAUUUCUUCUCUCACACUUAUUGUCAGUCAGUCGCUAUUAUUCACAGACUCGAUCCAGUCGUAUUUUUACGGGUUUCUCCAGCGUGAGAAAAAUUUGCGAAAGCUGUCUCACCAACUCAUUUACUUAGACAAAGGCAACUUAAGCUUGGAGUUUAUUGAAUUACGAGGAUUUACGAAGAAAUUUAUGAGAGAGAAAGAUGAACAAAUUUUGGCACCACACGCAUAAAUCUUCGACGGAUAGCGUCACCUCCGUGACUGGAUUUCAUGAUGGGUACAUCUACAAGAUUAUUAAUAAGUAUGAUGACAGCGUGAUCCACCUGGAAAACUACAUCACUACUCCUGGAGCCUCGAUUGUGGCUGAAGAGGAUACGGACAGCGACUGUCAAAGGUUUCGGACUUCGCGAAUCCGGGAGGGCGAAGAAGGUGGUGAGUUCGAAAUCUCCUCCAUGCAUCAAAAUCCUUCCGGUCCCGUGCAAGUGUGGGAGUACAGACAGGAUACCAAAAUCUUGGUCCAAAAUACGGCUGCUUCCAGUUCUACGGGUUUUCAAAUAUCCUCACUUCCAUCGUCCAGCGGAAGUGGGGUGGCAGGGUCGGACCCGAAUCAACUCUGGGUGGCCGUCGAGAAGUCGGAAGGGAGUCGAAUCUACUUUAUUAAACCACGAUCUGAAGAUGUAUGCUUGACAAAUAUGGGGAUUGGUCAACCCAUCGGCCUCUAUGCUCCUGACCCUUCUGACCGAACACAGCAUUGGGUCCUUGAACCAACCGACUACACCGAGUAAUGACUUUCUUUGAACGAGGUCCACAAAAAAAUACAUACCCAAGAAAUACCUACUAACUACCAAAAAAUGGACAAUUUAUGUAUGUAGCUUAACCUCUUUGUAAGUAAGAACAGAUCACUUUUAGUUAGAGGCAGAGAGAGAUCAAGUUGUGAAAGACUUGAAUUUAUUGACUCUAUAUUAUUGUACUCUCUAUAUUAUUAUUCAAUCUAAAUGUAAUUCUAGAUGUGCUAGCAUUUAAUACGAUCCGGUAGUUUUGUUUAGUAAAAGGAAUAUUUUACAGGGAUCACUAUCUAUUACCAAAUGUGUGAAGAAAUAACCACAUGCAGCUAAAUAAAAUGCUAAAAAAGAAUUACACUCAAUAGGCCACUCUUUCAACUCGAUGAUAUCAGAAAUAUGCCUUUCAUGCAAAGAAAAUGCUCGAUUUAGCUCAGCGUGUCUUUUUCUAUUGUACAAAAAAAAUCUACAUGUGAAUUGAACCAAUUUUUCUUUAACGACACGGGCGAGCAGAGCAAUUCGUAAAGUACUGUAAUAAAAUAAGAAAGAAAUGUGAAGAUGUAUGAGAUCAGGUUUCAAAUUCUAUAAUUUGUUCUAAAUUUAUACUCUUUCUGUCUGAAGUUGUGACUUGAUUCUUGAUGUUGUUGGUAGAUAGAUAUGCAGGGAAGCGUGUGUAUAUGUAGAACUAUUGAAUUCUAUUUGUGUAAUUUUAAUGGAAAUAUAUAUGUGUACAAAUUUGAUCUUUAAGUCAUAUCUUUAAUCUAUGUAUUUAUGUGUAUUCUAUUUAUCAAUGCGUCUAAAAUCUCAGUGUCAUCCUAUUUGUGUUGUCUGAAAAAAUUAUCGUGACUAUGAAAUUCUGUAAAAAUUACACCACUAUACUUACAUGCAUAUUAUGUCAUUUGAGCUAUUAAAAUUUUAUUAGCAAUUCUUUGUCAAUAUUUAAUAAAGUGUGUAAUAAAAUAUUAAUUUUUGUAAUUAAUGGCACCACUUAUUGUUAUAAUUUUAUACACUCUAAUAAGAAAAGAAAAUCCAAAAGUAGGGUCUCUUGAUAAACGAUCAUGGAUUGGAUGACAAAGACAAGAUAGAUGUUUUAG